AUGCGUAAUUGUUAUUUUCCAGAAAGAAUAUUUAUAUUCAUAUUGAAAGUAAGGGACUUGGAAGAAUUACGAUAGUAAUAAGUGGUCUAACAGAAUAGUAUGAAAAAGAGAAAUAGUAAAGACAAUAGGAAAAUAAAUGAGAAAUAGCAAAUCUUAAAAGAUAAAUUUAAGAGACAAAUUAGAAUAGAAAUAUGUUGGAGAAUCAAAUAUAAGAAUUAAAGAGGUAAGAAAUUAGAUAUCAAGGAAUAGAAUAACAAAAAUAGAGAAAUAAUUCAUCUUAAUCAUCUGAUGAAGUAAAAAUAAUUCAUACUACUUUAACUGAUUAAAUAAAAUAGUUAAAAUUAUAAUAUAAAGUUAAAAAGAAAGUGAAAGAAUUGAUUUAAAAAAAUGAGAAGUGA